GCGAGGUCAACGUUUAUAGUGGCGCCAGAGAUUUGAACGGAGCGUCGAUUGUCUGCGUGGUCGCCUGGCUUACAGAACGCGAUGACCGUCCCCUCCCUGGAGGAGCUGGACUCCUUCAAGUACAGUGACCUGCAGAACUUGGCCAAGAGUCUGGGCCUCCGGGCUAACCUGAGGGCAAACAAGUUGUUAAAAGCCUUGAAAGCCCACCUUAGAAACGAAGCAAGAAAAGAAAAUGAGAAUCAAGCUACAGAAGGAGUCAGCACAGUCCAAAUACACGGCAAAGAGAUCAUUAAUGUUACCAAGGACACACAGAUGGGUAAGCUUCCAGACCCCCAGUCAUCACCUGGGGAGUGCACAGGCGUGGAUCACAUCAGACCUUCUGGAAGCCUUAUUCUCCCACUGCAGGAUAAAAAUCAAACUUCUACAUCCUCUUCUGAUGAAACCAAGAUGCAGAUUAGCAGCCAGGAACAAGCUGAAAAGGAGCCGGUUGGCCAUGUCACCAAAACGAGGAGAAGGCGCGGGACAGUCCAUCGGAACCCUGACUCCCAGCAGGAUCAUUCAGAGAUAAAAGUAAGUGGUCCCACUGAAUUGCAGAAUCCAGAUGAGCAGGAAAACCAGGCUGCUAGACCUGCUGCAGAAGUCCCCUCUCCACCCGACGAGAGCCAAGGAGAUAAGAAUGCAGCAUCCUCAGGAAGAAGUGCAGGAAAUGGUAAUAAAGAUUCAAAGGUAUCUUCAAACAGAAAGAAGUCUCUUUACAUAGAUGGAUUUUCCAAACCUGGAAAAAAUAAAAGAAUUGCAAGCACUACUCCAAACUUUAAGAAGCUUCAUGAGGCUCGUUUUAAGGAAAUGGAGUCGAUUGAUCAAUAUAUUGAGAGAAAAAAGAAACAUUUUGAAGAACACAAUUCAUUUAAUGAACUGAAGAAGCAGCUCAUCAGCAAGGGAGUGGUGGCAACUCCAGUUCCUCUCCAGGGAAGACGCUCUGUGGCUCAUACUCCUGCCAGCCAGCGGCGCUUGCAGGGCCGACCCCACAGUGCCGCAGGCCGGAGCACCCUGUGUGCCAAAGGGUCAGCCAAGCACUCUGCUCUCUCCGCCACUAAGAUGAACGUCAGGUUUUCAGCUGCUACGAAAGAUAAUGAGCAUAAACGUUCACUGACCAAGACUCCAGCCAGAAAGUCUCCACUUGUCACCAUACCUGGGAGUACCCCAAAAGGCCAGGCUGUGCUCGGGACACACAAGUUAAAGACCACAAGCAGGGAUUCUGCUGCUGUUAUUACCCCGUUCAAGUUGACAGCUGAGGCAGCACCGACUCCCGUCUCCCAGAAGAAACCUGUAUUUGAUCUCAAAGCAAGUUUGUCUCGUCCCCUCAACUAUGAGCCACACAAAGGAAAACUGAAACCAUGGGGACAAUCUAAAGAAAACAGAGUCAGCCUCUACAAGAGAACUUACAAACAACCUCAUCUCCAGACCAGGGAGGAGCAACGGAAGAAACAUGAGCAAGAACGAAAGGAGAAGAAAGCAAAGGUUUUGGGAGCUCGAAGGGGCCUCAUGGCUGAAAAUUAAUUAAUUUUUUAACAUUCUGUAAAUAUUCCUUUAUUCUGAAUCUUUUUCUUGUAAAUUUUUUAUACUGUCCUCUCCACUUUAGUCAAAAGACCUUCUGUUAACUUUGUUCUUAAUGUAUGUAGUGUCAGUGAGUUCUUCACAUGGUACAUCUCUGCAAAGACAUUAUUGCCUUAAAGCUCACAAACUCUUUGAACUCGUUUUUACCUAAGUCCCUGUACAACUCAGUUUUCUAAUGAGACCCAUCCUAUAGAUUCUUGAUGUAGGUUUUUGAUGCCAAGUUCUGUCUGCUGGCUUUAAUAUUAACAGAACUGUAAUCCUCUUCUAGGCAAAAACAUUUACCUGAUGGUAGCUAGUUAUACACAAGCUUUAGUAGAAACUGAACAGUAACAAAUUUGAAUAGGGUAAGCUGGGAAAGGCCACCUCUUCAUCCUCUGGAGUCUAGUCGUUCUCAUGAAACUGUGGGCCAUAUGGGUUGGUUAUGGCAUCACUAUUUUACCUAUGUGAAGUGUUUUGUUUAAGCUUAUUUGUACCUUUGUUCAGAUCACUUCAUGUAAUUGCCAUCUGUCACUCAAUAUAUUCUUAAAAACAAAAACUAUUAGCUCAUUCAUUCUAGCCUUGCUUAUUUAAAAAUAUACAGGGCCAUGAAUGAAAUUUGAGGAUUGCUGCUUUAAGGAUUACUGUGCUCUGCCAAACUUACAUCUUAUUCAACUUAUGGAAAAGACUAGAGUUGCUUAGCAUCAUAUGUAUGUCGGUUGCACCUCAGUGAAGCUUUGUACUGCUUAAGAUUUUCAUAAAUAAAAUUUCUUUCUCAUGGUGGUA